AUGACGUCAGCUCCUUCUCAAGAUAAGUUCAUUACCGGACAGCGAGUAGCUCUUAAGGAGCCCGAAAAGGGCCUCCGUUACGCGCCGCGUGGCACCGUGCGAUACGUCGGACCCGUGGACGGUCACAAGGGCGAGUGGGUUGGCGUAGAGUGGGACGAUCCUUCGCGAGGAAAGCAUGACGGAGUGGUAACCGGGAAACGUUACUUCCAUUGCGAAAUGGUCCCUGCUGGCACGCCAGCCGGAUCGUUUGUGCGACCGCAAAAGCUGACUGGAGGGGUCACUCUGCGUGAUGCAUUGCUGGACCGCUAUAACACAAGCGGGGAGGACUAUAAAGCGGAGCCCAUUUACAGGGCUCUAGGCCGGCGAAGGGCCAUGGUGAUCGAAUUCGUGUCUGCUCCAGCGAAUAAGAGUGGAGCAGAUAGGGCUGGAGAAGGAAUCGAUACAGCUGUGCUGGGGAAUGAUAGAGACGCAUCUGGCGGAGUGGGGGGAUCUGAGGAAAAAGGGACUCAGGAUGAAUCAAUGGGAACGAAUGGAGGCAUGUUGGGUGGAAGAGAAGGCAGGGAAGAGGACAAGGGCGAGCCGCCCAAGAGAAACGGGAUGUGGCUGUCUCGUCUCCAGGCUGCAAACGUGUCGGAAGUGCCUGUGGGGUCGGUGGGAGCUGUAGGGGAGGUCGCAGCUAUUGCAUCCCUGACAGAGCUUGACAUGUCAUACCACCUGCUCAACACCUGGCACGAGGUGCAGAGGGUAGGGGAGGAACUGCCAGGCCUCACAGCCCUGGACAUCGGCCAUUCCAGACUCUCCUUCCCUUCGUUUGUUGGAGUCUCGCCUCCUCCUCCUCCUGCGCUCUCCGUCUCUCCGUUGGCUGCGCUAAGGAAGCUUGGGCUGAGCAACACACGGGUCACAUGGGCCCAGGUGGAGGAACUUUCACGGCAGCUUCCCCUACUCGAGACCCUGGUUCUGAUUAAAAACGAGAUCUCAGGACUGCGACCCAGCUCUGGUGCCGAUGCCAGUCGUGCUCCUCUGGACUGCCUUCAGCACCUGACGUACCUGGACCUAUCGGACAAUCGCAUUGCUGACUGGGCCCAAGUCUCCUUCCUCUCAGCCUUACCUUCCUUGAAGUGGCUGCUGCUAUCAGGAAACCAAAUCACCAACAUCCCAGGGAAUGAUGGCUCGCCUGCAAACGCCUCUACCUUUCACAACCUGCACCAUCUUUCAUUAGCUGACAACAACAUCUCUCAAUGGUCGUCCAUAGAUGCCCUGGCCAUCACAUGCCCGAACCUCAAGGAGCUUGUUCUCUCCCACAAGCCAUAUGUGCCCAGAUUGCAUUCAGCCAAUCAAACGCCAGCAUCAGCCAGUGCUCCAGCCAAUGGCAACGUGACGAAGUGCAACGGGACAGAGGGCAGGGCAACAGCGAAUGGGAGCCUGACACCUGGCAGUGACGGUGCUGCUGCUGCUGAUGGGGAGGAGGGUGGGAGGGUGGAGAGGUGUGAGUUUGGGCUUGGGGUGACGGAGGAGGGGAGGAUGGGAGUGAUUGCGAGAAUGGGGUCAAUUCAGAAGCUCAAUUGUGUUCAGAUCCUACCCAGGGAGCGCAUGGAUGCAGAGAUAUGGUACAUCUCCCACACCAUCCGAUCGCUCCCCCAUGCCACAUCCGUUCCCCAACUCAUCUCCUCCGGCCACCCAGCAAUCCCUGCUCUUCUUGCCAAAUUAGGCCUUGACUUGGUAUCAGAGCGACGGAAACUCCUCCCAGGCGUCCAUGCCAACGCUUCCACAGCUGCUACUCUUGCUCCUGGUUCUGCCGGUGCUGCUGGUGGUGCUGGCAGUGCUGGCAGCAAUGCUGCUGAUGUUACUGCCAGCUCCAACCACCCCAGAAGCUCUUCGUUCCUCAGCAUCACUUUCCGGGUGAUUGCUCCUGAAUGUGACAGUAGCAGCAUGGCAAAGGAAGUUACCAAGAAGCUUCCUCAGUCCACAACUGUGUCUAAAAUGCGACCCCUCAUUGCUCGAUUGCUCAAGCUGGAGCCCCGCUCCUUCUCCCUCUUCCUCCUGCCAUCCACCCUCGAAGGCGUUCAGGUUAGGUCCUCUUCUCCUCCUGUGUUUCGGCUGUUUCUGGAUCGGUUCUGCUGGCUUUUCUUGCAAGUAUUGCUGGGUUCUUCUCUCAUCUCUCUCCUUGGUGGUUUCCACAGGCUUUCCCCGUGGCACAUUAUCCUUGUAGUGCAAUCACUGCAGGUGCCUCCUAGGCCGUCUGCUCUCCUCUUCCUCCUCUCUGCCCGGCUCUGCUGGAGGUUUUUCGCUCUCUGGAAAUCCCUGCUUGCGCAACCUGUCGCGCUCCACGUCUACUCCCAACCAUGCACUCGUGCUUGGGUGACACGUUUUACCGUGGCUACGCCUCCUCCUGUGUGCUCUCUCCAUGCACGCCUCGCGGCUCCCCUUCUCCUCGCUGGAUCCUUGUUGGUUACUGUGUGCCUAGGCCAUCGCCAAAGCCACGUCCUUUUCUCUCGUGAAAUUGGUACAUUUUAUGCUCCCCCUGAGUCGCGAUGCGUCGAGCCAUCCCUCUCACCCCUUCCACGUCGGACCGCGCUUCCAUGCUACAAAUGGACGUACCAGGACAUUCCAUCCUUACCACCCGGCGCUAUGGAACCCCAGCACAACCCAGACGAACUCAUGGGAGAGGAGGAGCUCGGUGCCUCCUUCUCGGUCGAUUCCUUUUUUGCCGAGGAGGCUGUCACCCCCGCUGUCUCUGCUCCGCCUCCCGCGAAACGCGUCUGCGCUGCUGGCUCUUCCAGUUCUGUGCCUGUGGCUCCCCGGGCGGCCACGGUGGUGCCGCCAGUCCCUCCGGGCAUGGCUCCCGCAGCUGGUCCUUCCUCGGCUGCGCCUGCUCCUUCAACGUCGACCCAGGAAGCCAAUUCUGUGGUCGCCCUCGCCAUCACCGGCCGGUAUCAGCGCCUACGGCGCAACCGCGAGACUGUGGGAGUCGUCGUCGCGGCCUUGGCUCGUGACACCGAUGCACUUGUCGUGCUCCUGUUCCCUGAGGCGCUCGAAGCGCACCGCAGCCGCAUCCUUACCCGCGUCCGCAGCAUCCUCCGUGGUCGUGAUUUCUCUGGUGGCCGCGUCCCUGUCUUCGAGGCCUCCGCAGGCGAGCUGCUGCGCCUUCCCCGUCGCUCGUACUGCCGUCACAUGCUCCAGUGGCCGUCGGCUGAUGAUGCAAACCGCUUCAAGCAACUCCUUCCGAUCUCCUACCGCUCUUCCGAGGGGCCGACCGCGGAGAUUAAGGUCUACCAGGAUCCCGCUCCCGACUUCUCCGCGGCAAAGUCUUGUGGUGAAACUGUUCUGGUGUUGCGCAACGUGCCUUUGUUUGACCCCUAUGAGGAGUCCUUUCUCCCACAGAUGCUGGGCAUAGCCGUCGCGCCUCCCAACGACCCGCUGUUUGAGGCUAUUCCGGCCGUGAUCUGGGUGCCUAACUGCCUCUACUCGCUUUGCUUUUGGGUCGCCAGGAUCAUCGGCCACCAUCCUUCAGUGGCCUCCUUCAAGGCAGACCCCGGCACCUUCUUCAUCGGAACCGACCUCGAGGUGGAGGUCUGGACCUGCGCUCUGUGUUCCUUCUGCUGUGGCUGGGCACUGGACAGUGCCAUGGAGCAUAUUGCCAGCCCCUCCCACGUGUCUGCCACCCAGCAGAUAUCCGGCAGCCCCACUCCCCUGGAAGAGUACGGGGACGUGAAGGUCCACAUCUUCAAUCAGAAUGGCCCUAUCGCUGCCUUUCUUGCGUAG